UGCUUAUUAUAAUGAUUCUCCCCCUACCGACACAGCAGUGCAGUGCGACUCUUCUCCUAGUUCCGUCAGAGGCUUGAUCCAGCGUUAAAAUCAGACAGGCAACACUAUAAUUCACUCCCUUCACGCUACCCCUAGCACAGUUGUCCUGCUUUUGCUUAUCGCCCUACGGCACGGCAACAAUUCUGGCUUUCUUCAUUCAAGGACAAGCAGAGGAGGGGAAGAGCCCAGGGCAGAGGCGCUGAAGCAAAGCCGGCUUGUGAACUGGAAUCGCCAGGUCAUACUGACCUUGGCUCAGAACAGUGAGAUCACAGUAGUUUCCCAGCGAACAAAAGAAAAUCACCAUGAAGACCUCAGACAUUUUCCUUCUGCCCGCUGUGCUCCUCAUGUUCCUUUUCAACUGCUGUCUCGCACAGAGUGAAUCUGACCUCGUAGUAGCAACGAGGCUGGGUCGUGUGCAGGGUGUACGCUUGCCUGUUCCAGACCGGAAUAAUGUGAUCGCUUUCUUGGGCAUCCCGUACGCUGAACCUCCGCUGGGGAAGAGGCGUUUCAAGAAAGCAGAGUCCAAAAAGCCCUGGAAUGGUGUCUUCGAGGCUAGAGACUACCCAAAUGCCUGCUAUCAGUUCGUAGACACCUCUUACCCAGGCUUUCCAGGUAUCGAGAUGUGGAACCCCAAUAGAAUGAUGAGCGAGGACUGCCUGUACCUUAAUGUGUGGGUACCUCCUACCCCUAGGCCACAGAACCUCACAGUAAUGGUCUGGAUAUAUGGUGGAGGCUUCUAUAGUGGCUCCUCCUCUCUUGAUGUCUAUGAUGGCCGGUACUUGGCAUACUCUGAAAAGGUAGUGGUUGUGUCUAUGAACUAUCGUGUUGGAGCUUUUGGAUUCCUUGCCCUCAAUGGCUCAUCAGAAGCACCAGGAAAUGUGGGUCUCCUUGACCAGAGAAUGGCCCUCCAAUGGGUCCAAGAAAACAUCCACUUCUUCGGCGGUAACCCAAAACAGGUCACCAUUUUUGGAGAAAGUGCUGGAGGAGCAUCAGUUGGCAUGCAUGUUCUGUCACCAGACAGCCGCCCGCUCUUCACACGUGUUAUAAUGCAGAGCGGUGUUCCUAAUACACCCUGGGCUACCGUUAGCUUUGAUGAGGCCCGUCGGAGAGCCACCUUGUUGGGCAAACUCGUUGGCUGCAGCGAGGGUAAUGAUACUGAGCUGGUUGACUGCCUGAGGAACAAACAUCCACAGGAACUAAUUGAUCAGGAGUGGCAAGUGCUCCCCUAUAGCAGCUUGUUCCGCUUUUCUUUUGUCCCUGUCAUAGAUGGUGUUUUCCUUCCCGACACCCCAGAUGCCAUGAUUAGCUCAGGGAACUUCAAAUACACUCAGAUCAUGCUGGGUGUAAAUCAGGAUGAGGGAUCUUACUUCUUGCUUUACGGUGCACCGGGAUUCAGUAAAGACAAUGAGAGUUUGAUAUCUCGAGAAGAAUUCCUUGAAGGCGUGAAGAUGAGCGUUCCCCAUGCUAAUGAGAUUGGCUUGGAUGCAGUUAUCCUUCAGUACACUGACUGGAUGGAUGAGAACAACCCCCAAAAGAAUCGAGAUGCCAUGGAUGAUAUUGUAGGAGAUCAAAAUGUCAUCUGUCCUCUGCAGCAUUUUGCAAAGACUUACGCCCAGCACACUGGCCUCCAUACCCAGCCAGGAGCCGCAGCUCCAGGGACACUAGGCUGGGGAAACUCAGGACCAACAGGCUACAACAGUGGCAACUCACAUGGUGCUGUUUACCUUUACCUGUUUGACCAUCAAGCUUCAAACCUGGCCUGGCCUGAGUGGAUGGGCGUAAUCCAUGGUUAUGAGAUUGAGUUUGUGUUUGGCCUGCCAUUAGAAAAACGACUCAAUUACACAGCAGAGGAAGAGAAACUCAGUCGACGAAUGAUGAGAUACUGGGCAAACUUCGCUCGCACCGGUAAUCCCAACAUUAACACUGAUGGCUCCAUGGACAGUCGGAGGCGGUGGCCUCAAUUUACAGCUACUGAGCAAAAGCAUGUGGGCUUGAACACAGAGCCACUGAAGGUGCACAAGGGUCUAAGAACACAGGUUUGUGCUCUGUGGAACGGCUUCCUACCUCGCCUGCUUAACAUCACAGAAAACAUUGAUGAUGUUGAGCGACAGUGGAAAGUGGAGUUCCAUCGCUGGAGCUCUUACAUGAUGCACUGGAAGAGCCAGUUCGACCAUUACAGCAAGCAGGAGCGCUGCACAGAUCUCUAGAUAAAUCUGGUGUUAAUGUAAGAAAGUGCAGAUCAAAGAAAGGGAAAACCGAUGACCAUAACCCUUAAUAGUCUCUUUUCAGAACAGCAAAGGUUGCCAAAGCUUUUUCGUUGAUUAGUCUCUGAGUAGGCAUGAGUGUGAAUUUGUGAAUGUUGCACUUCAGUGCAGUUUUGUUCCUCCCUGUGUAGAAUAUUAUACUUAUCACUCUAUUAUAUUAUGUGAAUAUAUAUAUAAAGAGAGGAUGUGAAUUCAAGAUGCUAUUAGAGAUUAUCAAGUGCUGCGGUCAUCAAAUGUAUGUAUCAGAAAAAAAUGUUAUAGUUAUAUUACCUCUGAACAGUGAGAGUGCAUGUCUGUUCCAUUGGAACCUAGAAACCCUCAUUUACACUGGUCCUCAGGAUCCCACUUUUUUAAAAUAAUUUUCUUGUUUUUAUCCUGUGUUUUUAUUGGCUUCAAUUAUAUUGGCUGAUUCACCAUACAUUUAUCUCCAUAAUGUAUCUACCACAUCGACUCAGUAAUUCAUGUGCUACUUUAUCCUGCUGUCUCUGCUUUCUUACUGUGGUCCAACUCAAAAUACUAAUACUUCAUGCUGGAAUCAGGAGCCAUUUAAUUUCGUGUAUAUUGUUUAACUGUACGGAACAGUUUCUGUGUGGGCGAGUCUGUGUAUUAAUGUACUAAUAUUUAAAACCUAUUUUUAUUUCGAUUGCUACUUAUAUUGCAUGUAGUCUAGUGCCCACAGCAUGACUCUUGUGUGUAUGUAUGAGAGAGAAAGUCUGUUUUUACCAUAUACCAACUACAUAGGACAGUAUACAUGUCUGUGUAUUUCACCUCUCCUUAGUUCAAAUUUCAUAUGGGCAUUGUAUGUUUGAGUAUUUUAUCUGGGAUGGAGCGAGUAAGACUAAUGUUGUCUGUGUGCCAAAGGGUCAAUAUCAUUUUUCCCCCUUGCUGUUUCCCUGUCUCGAUGGGAAAGGCUUCUCAUUACGAUAAUGGAGAAGAGUAAUUUACUUAGUGCUCAUUUUAAAUGACAGCCCGCUGUGUCAGCCAUCUUAACUCCAGCCCUUUUGAUGCAGUGGGAGGAUGAUGAAGGAAAACACAGGCAAA